AUGUCCAAUACAAAUCUUGCAGUGCCCCCCAUGGUCCCUGCGGCAUCCACCCAUCACAACGCACCUUCCCGGCGGAUGCGCUUUAGUCUAAGCUCACUACAGAGCCCUUCCUCUGAUGGCAGCGCUCACUUGACACAACGAGACAUCGAGGCCCUACAACGAAAAGGUCUCCUCCGCACUACUGCCAUCGCUUCCACCCUCGUCGCUACAACAGAUUCCGUUACUGCAUCUCCAUCAUCAAUAUCCACCUCCAAGCACACACAGGCCCUUGAAAAGUCAAGUCCCACAUCAGGCGCCCCGUCCGCUUCCUCAAACACAACAAGGACCCCAACGAUCUCCGAACAGCUCUUCUGCCCCAAACCUCCCCUCCCCAUCGCUGCAAGGGUCGCUCCCCUGGCCGCCUCCCUCAAAUCAAAGCAGGCCCGGACCUCCUCCAAACAAAAAGUCUCCAAGGAUGAGGACCCAGCCAUGAUCAUCCAUCUCAAAGAACGCCCUCUUCCUGCAUACCACCAUGGCAUCAUCGAAGACACCUGCUCACAUCUACACGUCAAUAACCCAAACAUUCGACGGCAUUCAGACUCCUCCACUCCCUUGGUCUCCUCCACAAACUCCUCUACCAGCACCAGUCCCUUACCGGAGGAUACCCUGGCUCUCGACCACAUCCGCCGUGCCUCCAUCGCCACUGCCUCCCCCGUCGUCCCCUCGCCCCUGGGCGGCCGAACAGUUCUCUACAAGGCCUCCUAUGCCCACACCUUACUCUCCCUACCCUCCAAGACUGCCUAUCCUUCAACAGCCCAGGACGACCUCAGUACCGGUCCCACUGCCGAGAUGAACAGCUUCAAGUUCCCUGCAGAGGAGACCCGGUCCAAGACCCCGACGUCCCCUGCUCUGACGCCCUCUACCGCAGCCCUCUCCCCAACGAUGCUCUACCGAUCCAAGCGCAAGAGCAGUAUCCCCAUGCGAUCUCCUAGCUGGAGCGACACGCAGGACGCGUCGCCUGGCGUCGUCUUCCGUCUCCCCUUCGGUACACCCCCUUUACCCUCUGCUCCCUUCCGCAAGGCCACCACGCCCUCAGCACAGACAUCCUCCAGCUCAAACCCGUUGGAGGACUCAAACCAUGGCGGAACUCCCCCUACAAGCUAUCCCUCUCCAGCAACCUCCAGUCGGGCUGCCUCCGCAUCCGGGCCUUCGGAGGCCCAGGAAUCUCAAGAUCUGCCAGCUAUCCGCUUCGACACCCCGCCCUCACCCGCUAACCGAUCUGGCUUGGGUAUUCAGGUCCAAGAUUCAUUUUCAGAGCCAGGGGCCACCCAUCCCUUAGAAUCAUCAUCCUCUCUCAUCUCUGCAACCAUCCGUACCGCAACUUCUUCGUCUUCAUCAUCAUCUCAACGCCCGAUCACCUUUAGAGAGGAGGACUCGAGCAUGUCCAUUGGUGAUCUCAUCGUUGCAGAACAGAUCUCGGCUGCAAGCAGGUUCGAGGAUCGAUCGACAACAGGAUUAGCAGGCAUGGACCACCUUCCUUCUCAACAUAACAGCAUCUCCAUGCCCACCCCACCUUUGACAUCCAAAGUAUUGCCUAUGAGGACCAUGGAGGUCAACUCGGAUCGUUCAUCUAGUCCUAGAACCAAUCCAAACGAAGGCACCAAUUUGAACUCUCCACCAACCCCGUUCACUCCCGGUCCAGGGUUCACUGCUAGCCGAGGAGCUAUUGCGAGCAGCUCACAAAACCCCUUCGACAUUGUCCGUGCUAGUAUGGAGCAAGCAGUAGAGAAAGCUCAGGAAACAAAUUCGACCACAGAAACGGCAAUGGAGCUAGAUCAGGAAGACCGUGGCUCACGAGAGAACUCGGUUCGGUCUGAUUCUGUCCCUGAAAAGGAUGAAGAUCAGGAUCAUAAAGAAGGAGACUCGCUUUUGCUCCCUCUCUGGGCUCAACGUCAGAACCACAUCCGCCGUCAGUCUUUGAUCCCCCGUCCUGAGCUAGAUUUUGUCAAGGGAUCGGGCAUUCUUCCUCCUGCCAACAAAAGCUUGGUCACACCAGGAGGCGCCAAGAUCUUGAGCUAUCCUGUCUUAAUUUCUGAUAUGGUCCACGUUGCCUUGGAUGAGUUGCAGGCCAAAGGUGGUAUUUUAGAUGGAAGUGAUGUCUCAGAAGAGUCGGACGAAGAUCCUGAACAACAGCACCAACAACAACAACAACAACAACAACAACAACAACAACAGCAGCAGCAACAGCAGCAGCAACAGCACCUUGCUGGAAAGGGUGCUGGAAAGGUUGGUACACGAGCAGCCAAGGCUGCAGCAGCAAAGUCGACGACCUCAAAGCGUAAAAGAAAUGCGCUUGGUAAGAGACGCGGUUCGGCUACGGGCACCAAGGCUCAAUCACAUGCUGGCGACGACGACUAUCGUAGCGGAGAUGAUUAUGUGGAUGAGCAGGAGGGGCUCGAAGUGAAUGAACAACAGGGUUACAUGACACAACACAAGCGACGUCGUAUGAACAGCGCCAAACAACACGCCCCGGCGAAUGAUGCUUCAACGAUGGCACCCACCCGAUUGAUCCCAGAACGCCAGGGACAUUCGAUCUACCGACGACGGGGCAGUAAUACCGCAGGACGUUCAAUCUCGCCAUCAAAUUCCCCUCGGAUGGCUAGUAAUACAUCUUCAUCUUUGCGCAAGGGUCUUGGAUCACCUGUUGAUCUUGAUCGGACUUGUUAUAUCUACGAGGAGGAUAUUGAGGAGGAAGGUGAUGAAGAUGUGAUGAUGAAUGAGGAUGUUGUCAAUGUCGAUGAUGAAGAUGAGGUCCAUCGUCAACAUCAUUAUUAUCAUAAUCAAUCUCAACAACAGACUCAUGGCACCCCCAAGAACCAACGUCGGGAUGCUCAUGGUCGUCAUCCUUCGCAAGUUCCGGAGCAUUUGCGGAUCCCCGCUUCGGAGGUUGAGAUUGCAGUGCAGCUGACUAGAGAGAUUAUGGAGUUGUCCAAGAAGCGAACGCAGAGGAAGGAGAGAUCCAAAGGUCAUCAGGGCCAGUAUCAGCGUGUUCAUGGACACGGGGAUGGUAAUGAUGGCAACACCCGUCGACCAUCGCUCAAGACCUUGAAGCCACUGUUGGAUGCCACAAUGAAGGAUGAGAAUCAUGUUCAUCAUGAUGUUGAGCACGAGGAUGAGGUGGAUAAGCGUCGUCCCUAUCAUUAUCAUCAUUACCAGCAGCAGCAGCAUCAACAUCAACAGGAGAAUGUGGUAGUUCAUAAAGGAGUAUCCAAUUAUGCUUCGUCUUCAUCAGGAUCAACGACGACCAUUUCCAAGAAAGCUUCUAAGGCAGCAGCAGCAGCAGCAGCAGCAGCAGCAGCAGCAACGGCGGCGGCGUCGACAUCUGGAUCAACAGAGUCGUCGUCCACACCAAAGAAAGCCUCGAAACCCAAAGAGGGCAAGUUCACGACGAAGAAAUGCGAGGCUUGUGGAGCUAGUGAGACGCCAUGUUGGCGCCCGGGAUACACUCCAAACUCUGCAUUGUGCAAUUCAUGUGGGCUUCGAUACAAGAAAUCGAAUGUGUACUGUGCCAAGAUGGGAUGCAAGUACAUUCCACUCAAGACAGAGUAUGCAGCUAUGGAAGCUGAGCGGGCCAGGGCUGGACGCCUCCAUCUAUUGUGCCAUAAGUGCAAGGGACCUGUUGCGCUUCCUGUUCCAAAGGAUUAA